ACCCUAAGUGGGUUUAGUCGAGAAUUAAAAUUCGGUUUGGCAACACCAAAAUUUCAUACAUUUUUUGUUCAACUAAAUUCUAUAUGUCCGGUCCAUCGCACAGAGGAGGAGCCCUGCCGGCCGCAGAUGGGUGUGUCAGUGGGCUGACCACCGACAACAGUCCAAUCGAAGCUAGGGUGCCCUUUGGCUAUGGACAGAGGGGAAAGCUGCCCGUUACCAUGCACUAACAGGAGCGGAGAAAGUACAAAGAAAACACCGGCGAAAGUGGAAAACUCGCUUCUGGCACUUUUCGGAUUCAGCUCCGAGCAGGACGACCCGUUUCGCACUAGUAAUUUUCGCUCUGACGAUAAUUUGGGUUUGGUCGUGUCCAAGUGGCUUCGCUUCUCCUUGCAAGACAUGUCCCUGCGGCAGUCCUAUGUUCCGUCCCCGAUGGCUCAAUACCAACAACAGCAGCUGUUGCAGAAGCGCCACCAAAUGCAGAGACCCCAUCCGAUGUCCUUGCCCCAGGAGCAUGCUUUGAUUUCCCAGCAACAGCACUUGCAACAGCAGCAGCUGCAACAGCAACGUCAACAGCAGCAGUAUUAUUACGCCCACUUGCAACCCCAGAUCGGAACUGUGUUUAACCCUCGACCUUGGCUUCCAUAUCAGAAUCAGCACCAAGGCAACUACCAGUAUUUGUAUGCCAGGCCACCAGCUGUACCUCUGCACCCAGAACUCAUACCUCCAGCGUUCUGCCAACACACCAAUAGUCAGUCCACAACUGCACCUAAACCAGAGAAUAAAGCUGCAAGGAAGGCACGAAGUCCCUCACCCAAGGACCACUCCCAGCCAACCGCUUUGCAGGGUCGACCGAUGGCCGGUGGCCGAUCGAACUUUCGACCCCAAUCCUCGACAGAAUCGGGCAGCCCGAAUCGGAUCAACAGCCUCACCAGCUUCCAGGAUGAAAGUGGCUUCCGAGUUCGAGACUCCAAGGAGGACAUGAUCAAGUAUCGUCACAUUGCUGCGAGAACGCUAAGCCCAGAUACAGAAGAAUUCGACAGAAGGCAGAAGAAUUCAAAGCUGCCGAGAGAGAAGCAAGCCCAGGAAAGCAAGCUCAAGGAGGAUGAGAACGCCUCCAGCCUGGGCAGUGGAGCCAGCAGUCUGUUCCGAAGACUUGCUCAGUUCAUGCGCACUCGAGCUCUGAGGAAAUCCAAAAAAUUGGCAGCUAAGUCCAACAAAAACGAUGAGGUCAGUCAAAAGUCUUCUGUAUUUUCGGCACCAAAAAAGCUGGGGUUCUUGAGAAGAUUCUUUGGGGAGGUUCGCGAUCGCGAAGUUGAUAUCUGCGAUCAGCAGCAGGCCGGAUCCGAUUUCGAUGUCCACUAUCCCACGGAUAUUCCAGUUAGCAAUCGAGAUCAGGAGGAACUUCGCGAGGCGGAGUACUUCAGAAAACUUCGGAAGAGACAGCAAAGGAGGAGAAUCGAGGACAUAUAUCGAAUACCAGCUGAGUACUGAAAAGGGCUCACAAAUAUUUGCCUAUGCUGACAAAAUUUAAAAUUCAUUCCGGGCAUUGUUAAAAUAAAUAAUAUGGUCAACGACCCAUAAAAGCAAUUAUAUUUCUUUUUAAAAUAAAAAACAAUCUCCCUGCCUUAUUUUGUAACCUAGGGAUUGCUUAACAGUA